UAUCCAUCCUCAGCAGUUACAGGGUAAUCGGCAGAGCACAUCACCUCUUCGGAGCAUCUUGUGGAUCUUUUAAUUCCUGUCCCGAGUGGCUUUAAUUGAAGCAGUUUAUCUGCAGACGUUGUUUGGGAAGUGAAUGUUGCUCCAGUAGAACAGGUGAGCGGCGAGCGGACUAGGAGCGUACAGCUUGAAUGGGUCUCGAAGAAGGACAGAUCUACGCCAAGACAGCAAGCUUCCAAAAAACUUAUAAAAAAAAGGACGGAGUACCUCACGGGCUAUUUUGGAGAAUCUCGAUAUUCUAAACACUGGGAAAAUCGAUCUAUUGAGUGAUAAGUAGAAUUUCCAGAAUAUUUUUGACUGUUUGCUCUAGGCUAGUGCUUUUGCACAAGAGGUUGCCUUGUCAUUCCGAUUUUGCUGUAAAUGUUUGGGAGUCAAGAUCACCCGGCAGGAAACAUCACUGGGUUGAAAGUGGGAACUUUUGAAGAAGAAAUGGAUCCUGUUCGUUCUUGGGUGCGGAAUGUCGGUGUUAUUGAUGCAAACAUAGCGGCACAGAGUGGAGUGGCCUUAUCCCGUGCUCACUUUGAAAAGCAGCCUCCCUCCAAUCUCAGAAAGUCCAACUUCUUCCAUUUUGUUCUGGCACUCUACGACCGCAAUGGGCAGCCUGUGGAAGUGGAGAGGACAGCGUUUGUUGACUUUGUGGAGCAGGACAAGACGGGGGAAAAGACCAAUAAUGGAACUCACUACAAACUCCAGCUCCUCUAUAGUAAUGGUGUUCGCACAGAACAAGACCUUUAUGCACGUCUCAUUGAUUCUGUCACUAAACAGCCCAUAUCAUAUGAAGGACAGAACAAGAAUCCAGAAAUGUGUCGUGUUCUGCUAACUCAUGAGGUCAUGUGCAGUCGCUGCUGUGAGAAAAAAAGCUGCGGCAAUCGCAACGAGACACCAUCUGACCCUGUCAUCAUUGACAGAUUUUUCUUGAAGUUUUUCCUAAAGUGCAAUCAAAAUUGUCUGAAGACAGCAGGGAACCCCCGAGACAUGAGAAGAUUUCAGGUGGUUCUGUCGACUACAGUCAAUGUGGAUGGUCCUGUACUAGCCAUUUCUGAUAAUAUGUUUGUGCACAACAACUCCAAACACGGACGCCGCUCUCGUAGAACGGAUUCAAACGAGACGGUGGAGUCCAGCAUGGAAUAUGCUACUCCCUGUAUCAAAGCCAUCAGCCCCAGUGAAGGCUGGACUACAGGCGGGGCUAUGGUGAUUGUGAUUGGGGAAAACUUCUUCGACGGUCUGCAGGUGGUGUUCGGGAGCAUGCUAGUGUGGAGUGAGCUAAUCACUCCUCAUGCAAUCCGAGUUCAGACUCCUCCUCGACACAUUCCGGGGGUUGUAGAAGUCACACUGUCUUACAAAUCUAAGCAGUUCUGUAAAGGAGCUCCGGGCCGCUUCGUUUAUACAGCGCUGAAUGAGCCAACUAUUGACUACGGCUUCCAGAGACUUCAAAAGCUGAUCCCUCGACAUCCCGGUGACCCUGAAAAAUUGGCAAAGGAAAUGUUACUCAAAAGAGCAGCAGAUGUUGUUGAAUCCCUUUAUGGAAAUACCACCAGCAAUCAGGACAUGCUGCUGAAACGGGCUGCAGAUAUAGCCGAGGCUUUGUACAGCGUCCCACGACCUCACAGUCAGCUGCAGGCCAUGCCCAGCUCCCCGGUGCAUGGCAGCGUCAUGGGCCUCAGCUCUUAUCCCACACAGCUGGGUGUAAACAUCGGAGAACCCGGGCAAACCAGCAGCCAAGGUUACACGCGUAACCCAAGCAGUUUGUCCCCACGGGGCUACCCUUCAGCAUCGACCCCUCAGCAGUCCGGCUACGGAUCUAACGGAGGCAUGAGUGCGAGUUACGGGGCGGUGCCCAUGAGCGGUCUGGGUGUUUCAGGGUCACCUGGCUUUAACAGUGCCUCCCCAAACAGCUCUCCUUAUGCUAUCAUGCCGUCUAGUCCCACUGUUCCCGGAUCCAGCUCAUCCUCCCUCUUGCCCUUCACAUCUUUCCCAUCCUCCACCAAACAAAAAAGUGCCUUUGCUCCUGUCCUGAGACCACAGGGUUCACCGUCACCUGUCUGCCAAACCUCAGGAGGAUCCAGCUUUAGAGCAAUGACAGGCCUUGUGGUUCCCCCAAUGUAGAGGAUGAGUGUUUUCCAGUCAUGAGCUCUACAGUCAGUGGCCAGAACUGGACCGACAGCGAUGUUGUCUCUGUCAAGCCACAUUGAGUGAAAAAGAUAGAGUUGUCUAAUCUUCUGAUGAAGAGGCGUCAACAACAAUGACAUUUUCAAAACCUUUUGGGAACCUUCUUAAGACGUAUCCACUCUAUGCACACCGUUUGCCUCUGAUUGUGAGGAGGUUGCCAAAGGGAUGGCGUUACUUAAAGGUUCUUCCAGCCACAAAAUGCCAAAAGACAUAUAAUUUAUCUCAAAACACGAGACUUAAGACUGUUACACGUGUUUGGCCGCGUGUUCUCGACUGACACGCCGGUCAAUAGACUUUCACCGCAGUAGAUGCCAGUAAAUGGGAUGUCAGUUGUGUCAAAGAUUUUUUACCAUAUGCUGAUAGAUCUACAUCCCUAAACUGAAAUUGUUUUUAAAAGCAUAUAUCAGGCUUUUCAUUUAGAGAAACAGAAAAUGUCUAUUUAGGUUUAGGUUUAUGAUGAACUGAUUACCUCAUAUAUUGACUUAUUUAAUGACAAAAACUAUAUAAGUUAUAUUUUUAGGUUAAGUACUAAUAUAAGGAACCAUAAUUGUAUUUGCUAUUGUUAUUGUUAUCUAA